ACAGUAACCAGACACUACUCAAUUUAAUCCUCUCCUCUCCGGUCUCUGCAACUAUCUAUAUCCUCAAUUUGUGUCCUUCCUUCAAUUCAAGUCCUCUGCAAUAAUGCGGCUCUUUUUCCUCUUCAUCAUCAUCAUCACCAUCACCAACUUGUCUCUGAUAAAGGGACAGCAACCUUACAUUGGUUUAGGGACAGUAGCAUGUCCUCGAAGGGGUAACGCAAAAUCAAUCCGAGGCUACACUUGCAACGGUUUAAACCACAGUUGCCAAGCUUACCUCACAUUCAGAUCCCAACCACUCUACAGUUCUGUCUCUACAAUCUCUUCUCUGUUAAACUCUGACCCUUCACAACUCGCUCUCAUCAACUCCGUUUCUUUAAACGACACCUUCGAACCAAACACGCUUGUCAUUGUUCCCGUUAACUGCUCCUGUGCCUCCGAGUAUUACCAAUCAAACACAUCCUAUGUUUACCACAAUGCUGAAACCUACUUCUUAAUUGCCAACAACACCUUCCAAGGACUCACCACGUGUCAAGCUAUGAUGCACCAGAAUGCUAACCUUUCUAACCUAUACCCUGGAAGACAACUUGCUGUUCCUCUUAGAUGUGCUUGUCCCACAAAGAAUCAAACUCUCAAAGGUGUUAGGUACCUCUUGAGUUACCUUGUUGAUUGGGGUGAUUCUGUUUCUUUCAUUAGUCAAAUGUUCAAUGUCACUACUCAGAUCACUCUUGAUGCUAAUUCCCUUACUAUGAGUUCUUUCAUCUAUCCCUUUACCACUAUUCUAGUCCCUCUUCAUGAUAAGCCCCUCAAACUUCGAACUUCUUCGCCAUCAUCUCAACCACCUUCUUCUUCUGAUUCUAGUUCAACAGAUAAAAGCUCAAAGAAAACAUGGGUUUAUGUUGUUGUUGGAGUUGUUGGUGCCUUUGCCUUAAUAUUUGUUACUUGUGCUGUCAUUUUCUUCACACACACUCGCAAAACUAAAAGGAAACAAGAGGUUGUUGCAGUUUCUAAGAGUUUUGAGGCAAUUGAGAAACCACAAGGGAAGAUAAUGGAGCAAGAAUCUGGAAAAUUGUCAGAGAUCAUAGCUAGCAUAGCUCAAUCUUUUAAGGUGUAUGAUUUUGAGGAACUGGAGCGUGCAACGGAUAACUUUAGCACAAGUUGCUUGAUCAAAGGAUCGGUUUAUCGCGGAGUUAUCAAUGGUGAUCUUGCUGCAAUCAAGAAGGUAGAAGGAGAUAUCUCAAAGGAGAUUCAAGUUCUGAAUAAAGUCAACCAUUCCAAUGUUAUACGCCUCUCCGGUGUCAGCUUCUACCAAGGCCAAUGGUAUCUUGUUUAUGAGUAUGCUGCUAAUGGAGCCUUGAGUGAAUGGAUCUACAUGGACAACGUUGAUGGCAAGUUUCUAAGUUGGAGGCAGAGGAUUCAGAUUGCUUUGGAUGUGGCUACAGGACUUGACUAUCUUCACAGCUUCACUUCUCCUUCAUAUAUUCACAAGGAUCUCAAGUGUAGCAACAUUCUUUUGGACAGUGAGUUAAGGGCAAAGGUUGCAAACUUUAGCCUUGCAAGGUCUGUGGAAGGAGAGAAUGGUCAAUUUCCAAUGACAAGGCAUAUUGUAGGGACAAGGGGUUACAUGGCUCCUGAGUAUUUGGAGAAUGGUGUUGUAUCCACAAAGAUUGAUGUGUAUGCAUUUGGAGUUCUGGUGCUAGAAAUCCUCACUGGAAAAGAGGUUGCUGAAAUCUUGAAUGAAGAUGACAAUAACAAUAAGGGUUUUUCAAAUGCUUUGAGUAUUAUUCUUAGUGAGGAAAGUGGCAAGGAGAGGGUGAAGGAGUUUAUGUAUGCUUCUCUUCAUGGGAAUUAUCCAUCAGAACUUGCUACGGUUGUGAUUGGAAUGAUUCAUAAUUGUGUAGAGAAAGAGCCAGAAAAUAGACCACAGAUGCAGGAGAUUGUUGCAUCUCUGUCCAGAAUAUUGAACUCUUCAUUGAAUUGGGAAACCUCAGUGAGCAUCUCAGCAUCCCAAAGCUUUUGAUGUGUUAAUAAUGGCCUCUAUGUCAUUUAUCAAUGUGCUAUAUAGACUUUUUAGUUCGUCAGUGCGUGUGUUUAGCAAGGUUUCUUUAGAUAUAAGCAUGUAUGUUAUAUAGAUGGAUGAAAUGCUUGAAUAAGAAUUUAUUUCAUAUAUC